CCUAGAGGCCCAGGCAGCGCCACACAACAGUGGCAGUAUCGACAAACGUUCACACAACGUUUAGACGUAACAACUCUGUGUCACUUCAUUUCUUAUUUUAGUAACUAGAUCAUUUCAAACUUAAAUUUUCCUAGUUUUAGUUGUUUAAGUGUUAAGUGUAUUUUAUGAUGUUUUAAUAACACGAAGUGCGGCACCCAUACAUGCAAUAGUAGGCAAUUACGUAAUGGGAAUUAUUAUGCUAGAGAAGUUUAAAGUUUUACCCUGAAAUUCAACAUGGCCGCUGACACAGGAAUGGAUACUUGCUCCAGUCCGGAGAUCACGGACUCCAGAAAGCGCCCGCUGGACGGGGACUCUGAGAAUGGCGACGUCAAGAGGUCGCACUUCAGCUCCGUGCAAGACCUGGUGACGGCCUUGCCUCUGGCCAACGGCCAUGGAAAUAUUACGUCUCAUUUCGCAGUGGAGCCGACAUACCACUUCAAGGUGCUAGUACCGUCCAUGGUGGCCGGCGCCAUCAUCGGCAAGGGCGGCGAGACCAUCGCGCAGCUGCAGAAGGACACCGGCGCGAGGGUCAAGAUGAGCAAGUCCCACGACUUUUACCCUGGUACGACGGAAAGGGCGUGCCUGAUCACCGGCUCCGUUGAAGGCAUCAUGGUGGUGCUGGACUUCAUCAUGGAGAAGAUCAAGGAGAAACCCGAGCUGGUCAAGCCCUUCCCCGAAGGAGUAGACACCAAGAUGCCCCAGGACAGAGAUAAACAGGUGAAGAUCCUCGUGCCCAACUCGACGGCGGGCAUGAUCAUCGGCAAGGGCGGCAACUACAUCAAGCAGAUCAAGGAGCAGAGCGGGAGCUACGUGCAGAUCUCGCAGAAGGCUAAGGAGCUGUCUUUACAAGAACGCUGCAUUACUGUUGUGGGGGAAAAAGACAACAACAAGAAGGCCUGCCUGAUGAUCCUGCAGAAAGUGGUGGACGACCCGCAGUCGGGGUCGUGUCCGAACGUGUCCUACGCGGACGUGGCCGGGCCGGUGGCCAACUACAACCCCACCGGCUCCCCGUACGCCGUGCCCACCGCCGAGGUGACAGAGAGCCACGCGCUGGGCGCAGGCGUAGUCGGUGGUUCCGUGCUGGUUAACGGUUCUGGACUCGGCGCGCUCAGCCUCACGCUGUCGCUGGCGCCGCCCGGCUCGCAGCAGCAGACUCCCCUCACGCAACACACGCUGGACCACAUCAAGGUGGCCCUCCGGCAGUCCGGGUACUCGGACGCAGGCAUCUCGGAGAUCUCGGCGGCGCUGGCGCUGCUGGUGAAGCACGGCGUGCUGGGGCUGGCGCUGCCGGCCGCGCUGCCCGCCACCCCCCUCUCCGCCGCCUUCUACCCGCUGCCCGCGCAGGACCAGCCCGUGUUCGGCCCGCUGUCGCAGGUCGGCCUAGGCGGCGGCCGCGGCGCGUCGUUAGAGCGUUUCGCGGAGGUAGCAUUCGAUGCGCUUCGGCCCCCAGCCGUGGCGCCCAUCUCGCUGUCGGCGCAAGUGGGCUCCGUGGCCGGCGUGCCCGGCGUGCCCGGCGUGCCCGGCGUGCAGGGCGUGCCCGGCUUCCCCGCCGCCUCGCUGCUCCCCCUCAGCAAGUCGCCCGCGCCCGCCGACCAGGGCGCCAAGGACUCCAAGAACGUCGAGAUCGCCGAGGUCAUCGUCGGCGCCAUCCUCGGUCCCGGCGGCCGCAGCCUGGUGGAGAUCCAGCAGAUGUCGGGCGCGAACAUCCAGAUCAGCAAGAAGGGCACGUUCGCGCCGGGCACGCGCAACCGCAUCGUCACCAUCAGCGGCUCCGCGUCCGCCAUCGGCAACGCGCAGUACCUCAUCGACCAGAAGAUCCAGGAGGAGGAGCUCAAGCGCACGCGCCACAACGCGCUCUCCGCCGCCUCCGUCUCCGCCGCCACCGCCGGCCUCAUGCAGUAGUCUAGUCAUACACCUCAAGGCAGUGCGCAAGGCGACAGUUACCUUGCCGCGACCAAAUACCACCCCCGCUCGGUACACUGUGUACAAUCACUAGUUCUUUCGAUUUAUGUGAGAAAGAAAAGAGUAGUGUCGAGGUGACGGAAUAAUCCGCACUAUCAUUGUUUCCAUUUCCAUGUGAAACACGAUUAUAUUUCAUAGAAAAUAUAAGUUUUUAGGACACCUCUCAGGAUCGAAAGAGCUUUGGAUUCUCAUUCGAAACUAUACAAAAUGUAACGCUUGGGGGUGGUGUUUGUAACGGCCUUACUGCUAGUUAAGAGUUAUUGUUUUGUUUGACGCUCGCAGCUCUCGACGCCUGCCGCGCGGCGGGAGCGCACAAGUGUAAAUGGGGCCGUGCAAUAUGCAACGCGACCCGCCGCGGCACGCGUCGACACAUAGUUACCUAUUUACAAAUAGAUUUUAUUAUAUAUUAUUGAUUUUAUGCAUGUACUAUAGUGUUGGACAUAUAUCUGGUAUAUUUUGUUCGUCGCGGUCUGCCUAGCAGAGGAUAUUGUUGUGUAAGGUUAAUGAAGUUACGAUUGUGAUAAAUCCUAUCACGGAAAUUCCUAUUCCAUGCACAUUUUAUUUUUGUAUAUUGUUCACCGUGCAUCGCAUACAUUUUAUUUACAGAGUUGAUUUCAUUGUAAAUGUUACCAUUGAUAAGUUAUGUUUAGUUAGGUUAGUUGAAACUUGGAUUCGGAUAAGCGAGCCGCCUAAGCCUCGGUUGACAUAAUAAUUUUGUUUCGUUUUAUAUUUGACUCUCGAAUGGUCCGGCCAGCGGAGUCGUCGUCAUUCCUCAUUUCUGAAGGUGAAGAUCUUUAUUUUUUAUACAUUUAUAAAUAUUUCGUUUUAUUUUUGUUAGGAACGUUUCGUAACCGUCGUCCGGUCUAAAAUCGUUUGACAACAAUAUAAGUACAAUCUAAACAAAAUGUUAUAAUGCAUGUCCAGAAUAGUAGAGAAUUAUAUUUGAAGAGACGUAUCGUUGCAGAUAUGUUAAUAUUGACAAUAUGACAGAAAGUUAUUUACAGUCGGAGCAGGCCGGGCGCGCUCGUGCCGCUCGCAGGCCUCGCCGCUCGGCCGCCAGUUACCUCACGUGCCAUGUUGUGAGCGGGCUCGCGACCCCGCGACCCGCGACCCUGUCCGCUGCCCGUGCGGCGAUAUACUUAUCGAGGAAUGAAGUACAAAUGAAAUGUAAUAAAUAAUAAUAAUGAAUUCGAAUCGGCUUAAAGAGUUAAUGUAUGUACCUACUGUACAAUAGUGUGUAAGAAAAGGAAUUGAGGGGCGUUUCUCGAGCUCGCGCUGCGCCACCCGCCGCCCGCCGCCGGCGUGGCCGCGCGACCUGCCGUAGACUAGCGUAACUAUGUACCCUAAUAGCUAGAACUUAUUAUAUAUUCAAUCUUUAAAGUGUAGGAAUCGCUGUUAACUUUCCGGUGUUUUCGACUUUCUCAUUCAUCUUAUUAUAUACGGGGUAGUGCAGAUAUCGUCUAGUGUCAAUUAUCGGGCGGGCGGGGCGGUGCCUACUCCGGCCCCGCCUGGAUGUCGAUUAUACGCGCUCAAUUUUAUUGGAACUAAAUCUUCAUUAGUCUGUACGUGUAAGUGACUACGUCAAUUAUUCUAAACGUUCGGUUGAUGCCACUCGGCCAGAGCCCCGUUAGUCCUCUCCUCACUCGUCUCCUCUCGCACCGGUCCCUGAGUUACUUGCCUCUUGUUGCGCCGGGCUCGCGGCGUCGGCGUCGCGGCACCCCUCGCCGCCGCCUCGGCCGCCAAGCUCCCUCGGCGCCGCGAACUCGCCGAUUCUUAAAUAGUUAUCGAUGGAAUUCUAGUUAGUUAUAAUUGUCAUUAAAAACAAUAUAAAGGUAUGUAUAGAUAAUUUUAAAAUAACUGGAAAAUGUUAAUGUUGUUAUACUGAAGUUGUUACAAUAUUUGAGAGUAUAUUAACGUGAAUACAGAAUAAUAAUUUUAGUGCGGUACUAUCCGUUUAUCGCGUGGGAAGAUAAUAAAUGCAACGUCGUCCGGAAUAUUUUGUGUAUCGAAUGAAUUCAGAAGGGAAGAGAACAAGGUUGAUACUGUUUCUGUGAUACUGACAAAUACGCCGCGCUGGCACGCUUCCCGCACCCCUAGCGCCGCCCGGCCACCGAGUGCCCAAGAGGCUGCCACACCCAACAACACAACACAACCGUAGCGCUGACUUAUUAAUAGCCAGAGUCGUAACCACCGCUUAAGCUUCACGCUUCGCGCGAUGCAAGCGUCUCUGACGUUGUUAAACGUGUAAUACGAAUACAGUGGCAUGCUACGUGUUGCAUGCGUCAAGCGUAACGACCGCGUCGAUAAGCUCCGUGCCUGGCAGGAGUGUAAUCUCGUGUAGUAGCGGUAUACAGCCUCUCGGGCACGCGCGCGCCCGGCGCGGCCGUAGUCAGCACCCGGACAGCGGCCCGUCGUGUGUAGUCAGUAGAGCCGCACCCACUCUCGUUACUAGCGCUGUUACACUUAGGUAAGUUUCAAUGUUGUAGGCUAAGGUAGCUAGCGAGCCUCACGAGCGGCCCGCACACGCGACCGCGCAUCUCAUCUUUUAAUUUUAAUAGCUAAAUGUUGUUGAAUUUGUUGAUAGAGUGGUUUAUCGUAUAGUUUAGAGGUAUACGUGAAGGCAGCCGUCGGGUGCGCUAGGCUAGUAAGGUUCGAUACUGUGUUUAGGAUCAUGGCUGUGCGUUCAAGUCGAACUCAACAUUAAGACAUCACCAUAACGCUUGUUUUGGGCGCGAAUCGCACGCGGCCCGCACUCUGUAUAUAAUUGCAUAGCAUUUUCAUUUACGUUUUCUCCUUGCUCAUUGUCAUCAAUUUAUUAAAGACUGAGGAAUCAACUUGCGCAUAUUGACAUUGUCACGAACGCGUCCCGAGAGGUAGGGAAUAUUGUAAUAUAAUUGUUUGUCAUUAAAAUUUUCACUCAGUUUCAUGUGGAGUCCGACGGACGUAGUCGCGUGCGAUUCCCGCAGUACACUCGCCGUUUUGUAUCGAGGAGUAAGAUAGGCUAGAUCUAGGAGGGAUUCGUAAGAGUUUACUGGUUUAGGUAUAGGGGAAGGCACCCAGCAUCGGACGUGCCAGCGCUCGGAGCUUGUGGCAGAGAACGACUAGACCCAGGAGCCUCUCGUUACACGCGUGUUGCUGUCCUUGUCACCCCCGCGCUCGCAGCCGGCUGGUGACGUCCGAUGCUGUAGUAGGAUAAGUUUGUCAGAACGUUAGUGAGUGUACGGUGUGUAAGCGCCGCCGCGUGUGGCAUGCGACACGGCUGUGCGCGCUUGCCGCACGCCGCGGCGGCCGAGCUGCAGUCUCAAGCGCCGUUCAGUCGUUGUCUCAUCACCUUUACACAUGUUGAGAUUGAUAUGUUGUACUAAUUCUAUUGAAUUAUAACUUGUUGCGUAUAAUAAGUAUGUAGACAGGCGCCGGUUCGGUGCGUUAUGUAUAAUAUCGAUAUGUUGAAAACAUUUGUUGCUGUACAGUUUCAGUGAUGGAAUUUUUAUUUUUUAUUAUUAGUUAUUUUGUUAACUUGGUUUACGACAAACGGGUCUGCAAUCUUAUGUAACGAGAAAUAAUUUCUAAUUAAGUUUGAAUUGAAAUGUUGAAUAAUAUCUAUUGAAUUUAAAUUUGGGUAUAUUAUAGUCAAUGUUAAUAUUUAGUUGUACUGUCGAUAUUGAUUUUCUAAUGAAUGUUAUUUUGCAAUGUUGUAAACGAUACGAGGUAUAAUGGGAGGUUAUCUACAAUGUCUUAGUGUUUAAAAGCUCGAAAACCAAUUAAAAGGUACCUUGAACAUUGUCUAUAUUAUAUUAACAUUAAAUAAAUUGCAAAACGA